AUGAAGUGGGGCUGGGUGUUUGUGGGAGUUCUUCUCUCCUUAGGCAGUCUCUGCUGGGGAGAGAAAGGUCUGGAGAUCCCCGAGUACGAUGGCAAAGACCGCGUCCACGACCUCACCAACAAGAACUACAAGUCUGUGAUGAAGCAAUACGAUGUGAUGGUCAUCUACUACCACGCGGCUGUUGGCGCGGACCACAUGUCCAAGAAGCAGUUUGAAAUGGAGGAACUGGCCUUGGAGUUGCUAACAAGUCCCGCCGCCCUGACGUACCAGCUUGCCGCGCAGGUACUGGAUGAUCUGGACGACGAGGAUAUCGGAUUCGGCCUGGUCGACGAAAAGAAGGACAUCGCUGUCGCUAAGAAGCUUGGUCUGGAGGAGGUUGACAGCAUCUACAUCUUUGCCGAUGAUGAGAUCAUCGAGUAUGACGGACAGCUUGCCGCAGACACCCUGGUGGAAUUUCUCUACGAUGUGAUCGAGGAGCCCAUUGAAAUUAUCGAUAACGAGAGGGAACUGAAUGGUUUCCACAACCUUGAUGAAGACGUUAAGCUAGUGGGUUACUUCAAGAGCGAAAAGUCUCCCCACUUUAUUGAAUAUGACGAUGCCGCAGAGGAGUUCCACCCCUUUGUGAAGUUUUUUGUCACCUUUGACUCCAAGAUCGCUAAGAAGCUGAAACUGAAACUGAAUGAAGUCCAUUUCUACGAGCCCUUCAUGGAGGAACCGGUGCCCAUCCCCGGAAGGCCCUACACGGAGGCCGAGCUGGUCGACUACAUCGAGGAACACGACAGACCGACGCUGAGGAAGCUGGAGCCCCACAGUAUGUAUGAGACAUGGGAGGAUGACAUCGAUGGACAACAUAUCGUGGCUUUUGCUGAGGAGGAUGACCCCGACGGUUUUGAAUUCUUGGAGAUCCUGAAGGAGGUGGCUCGCGAAAACACAGAGAACCCCGAUCUCAGCAUCAUCUGGAUCGACCCAGACGAUUUCCCCCUGCUGGUGCCCUACUGGGAGAAGACUUUUGGAAUUGAUCUGUCUUCCCCUCAAAUCGGAGUGGUGGAUGUAGAGGAUGCUGACAGUGUGUGGAUGGAUAUGGAUGAUGAAGAGGAAAUGCCCACUGCAGAGGAGCUGGACGAGUGGAUCGAGGACGUGCUGGCUGGUAAGAUCGAUCCCGAUGAUGACGACGAUGAUGACGACGACGAUGACGAUGACGAUGACGAAGAUGAUGACGACGAGGAUGACGAAGAUGAGGAUGAUGAUGAGGAUGAUGACGACGAGGACGACGAAGACGAUGAAGACGAUGAUGAAGAUGAUGAGGAUGACGAUGAUGACGAUGACGAUGAUGAUGAUGAUGAUGACGACGAUGAGUAA